AUGUUGGAUUCUGUUCCUUUGGUAAGUACAAUUUAUAGAUGGAUAGAGAGGAAGCCACUAACAGAGGCAGUUACAUGGACAUCUAGAGAAAAAUUUUGGUUAAUUACAGCUGCAUGUCACUAUGGAACUCAUGAUUGGAAAUCAGUUGCUCAAGUUGUUAGAAAUGCGGGAGAACCAUAUAGACCUCGAGAAUGGUAUACACCAAAAAGCUGUGAGCGCCAGUUUAAAAUUCUUGUAUCUAAUCUUAGCAAGGAAGUAAAAUCAUUGCCCCUCAUUGAUAUGCUGCAACAUAUUGCUGAAGGUUUAAAAAAUGAUUACAUCCGAGAUGCUAAUAAAUCAAAAGAUACCCUAAAAUCGAAGUACUGUAAUUUAUUCAGUGUUUUGAAUCGUGUGAAACAAGGCAAUCUGUCUAGAAAUGAAGUUGUUAGCCUUUAUUCACAAGCAAGAAGAAAUGAAAUUGAAGGUAAACAAUAUAUGGAUCAACUUAUGACUAGGCAAAAUGCUAGCUUAGCUUCUGAAAAUUCAAGUUCUGGGUUAAUAGAAGAGCAGCCAAUUAAGUGGAAUACGCCAUCUGCACCACUAUUAACGAGUCUUCUAAGAUCUCGUAAUACUAUACCAGCUAAUAGAACUGCCACUACGAUUGCUUCUUUAUUACAAUCUCCUGGUGGCACAUCAAGGACUAGAUCAGGAAAAUUAUUACCAUUAACCCCUGUCAUUCGAACUACACAAGGAACUCCUACACUUUCUAAACUCCUCGAAGCUCCAGCAAAUCCUUAUAUAUCAAGUCCACCACAAUCAACACAGAAGAAUAAGUUAAGUGAAGUUGGAACAGAAAAGCUUGUGAAUACUUCUAAAAAAGAGAACUCGCAGUCAACAUCAUUAAAUAGAGUACGAGUAGACAAUAUAACAACCCUUGGGUCUUUUAAUCAAAUCAAUAAAUCUGAUUUAUCUGCUUCGAAGAAACAGAUAUCCAAGACCCCGGUUUCAGCAGUUAAAAAUGGAUCAAAAGCAAAUUCAAGUGUUGUUAAUUUAUUAAGUGAUAGUGAAACUGAAGAAGAUACUAAAAAUACCACUAUUAAAAGUUCGUUUGGAGAUAAAAAAUACACUAGUUGUAGACUAGAACCUAGAGCAACAAGAAGUCAAACUCGAGCAGAAGGCGGUGUUAAACAAUUGAAUGAUACUAAACUGUCUGAUGGAAAGAAAGAAUGUGAAAGCUUGCGACAACAAAGUGGGGAAUCUCAAAUUAACGAAACUCAUUUAAUUGACGAUGAUCUGCUUGAUAUAGACCAAAUUGAAGUUGAACCAUUAUCAUCCGUUCAAGAUGAAAUACAAAUUCAAACUCCUCCUAAAAUGACACGGUCUUCCUUGCAAAGACUUCGUCUAUCAAAUGCAGGAGAUAAUUUAUUGACAAAUAAUAAAGUUAAUAGUAAAGAAACAAGUAAUAAAAAGGUAGAGAAAGUAACUAUACAUCCUGAUUAUAAUUGCUUGUUGGGCAAAACCAAAGAUGAAGUUUCUGUUGAAACGAAUGCUUUUCAAGAUGCUAUUACGUUACGCCACGAUAGUUCGCAAAAUACAUUGACAACACACGAUGGUAAACCAUUGAAACAACACGGAGUAAUUGAAAUAAAAGGAUCAAGUAUAAGGUGUAUUGAUAGUAGAAAAGAUUCAAAAUUUGUGUCACUUACCAACCACCCUAUGGUAGUAGUUAACAAAAUCAAGAAACCAUUUAACAUGAAGCAGAUAAAUAAAACUAAUGAUAUUCAAAUCUCAAACACCGAUGUUAAUAAACCUAUUAGAUUGAAUAAUAGUUCCCUUAAUGUGGUUAAGUUAAUUGAUAGUAGUUGUUCAUUGCCUGCUGAUGAUGUUAUUAUAUGA